AUGAUGAUAUUCAUUUAUCUCUUGUGUUUGAAUUAAACAUAAGCAUUUGAAAUAUAAAAAUUAGAUCCUUUAUACUAAAUAGCACAUUUAUCAUUGAAUAUAGAUGAUGAUAAUUUUGCACCAAAAAAAUAUUUUAGUUAUGGCAUUUGGUCAAAAUAUAAUCCUCUUAGCACAAUACUUUAGACUGGCCCUGUUGGAAUAUUUGAUAGUAAUUGUUAUUUGCUUCAUCACAUAAUUGAUAAGAAAACGAACGAAUUAAAUUUUAUUUAUUUCGAUUGUUUAGAUUAUGAGGCAAACACAAUAAAAAAAACAAUAAAGUUUAUUAACAGCGAAGAGGAAUAAAAAAUAUAUUAAAUUAAAAUUGAUCCAUUUGAAUAUGAAAGCUUUUGGUAUUUUCUUGAAAUUCUUUAAUGGCCUUUAUAAAAACGAUUUGAAAUUUUGAUAAUAUCAUAAUCUAAAAUAAUUAUUCAUGAUAUUUAUGAAUAAGGGUACCCGUUUAAGGGGAACGAUCUCUAAUUUACUUUUGGUAGUAGCUUGAUUGUAAGUAAUUCAAGAAUUGAGUCAAUUAAUAAAGAUUAAAAAUUUUCAUAUUUUCCUGGAACUAUUAUUAUAUAAAAUUUUAAGAUAGAAAAUGAACUAAAUAUUGUUGAUUGGUUUGAAUAUGUGAAAAGCAUUUUUUAAAGUUAUGAAUUAUGUUUGUGUUAUCCAAAUUACACUAUAAAAAUUUAAGAUUAGGAUAUUAAAACUUAAUUCAAAAAAGAAAUGAUUUCAGAUAAUUAAAAUUGUGAUUCUUUUGUUAUAUUAGGAUGGUUUAAGAUAUAAGAAAUCCUUAGUUAGGAUAAUCAAUUUAUAUAUCCAUUUAUAAAAUUGACAUCUAUAUUUGAAAAUCCAAGUUUAACUAAUGAUAACUUAUCCCCUCUAUAAAUUUAAUAUCACAUAUCAGAUAUUUAAAAUUAAAUUAUUGUUACAACGUAUAGCUACACUUUUCCUAUAGUUUCAAUAGAUCUUUCUAAUAAUCCAUUUUUAAUAGUGAAAACUAUUGAUGUUGGCAACAGUAUUAAAUUGUGGCAUUAAAUAUAAGUUAAAUUAAUGAGAAAUUAAUUAGAUAUUUAAAUUAAAUUUUAUGAACAGUUUGUAAUUCAUGAAUAUAGUUAUUAAUUAGAGGUUCAUUAAUUUUAAUAAUAGUAAUUUAAAUUAUAAUAUGGAAAUAUCUAACAACUAAAAUCAAAUUACUUGCAUAUAUUAAUACGAAAUUUUUUUUUUUCAAAUUGUGAUCAAACAUUUUCUGAGUAGAAUUGUCAUUCAAAUUGUUAGGAAUGUGAUGGUCCAACUAAUGAAGAUUGUCUAUCUUGUCCAUUAGAAUCAAAGAGAAUUUAUUUGCCUGAACAUAAAGCAUGUAUUUGUCCUUACAAUACAAUUGAUGACUAAACUUGUAUUGGUUAUGAAGAUACAAAUUUAUAAUUUAUUGAUGAACCUUUCAUUAGCAAUGAAUGUAAAUAUGGUUAUUUUGAAUUAGAUAAUGAAUGCUAAAAAUGGUAAUAUAUCUAUAAAAUAUAUGUAGUCCUUCAAUCAUUAGGAAAGACUUAAUAAUCUGCGUAGAAUGUUUGUAAAAUCCGAAAUCUUUUAGUUAAGACCCCUACUGCAAAUAUGAUUUAUACGUCAAUUAAUUAAAUUUGACAGAAAUCCUUUAAUGGAGCUAUCCUGCUUAAUUAUAUUUUGAUGGAAAUAAUAUUAUUGCAUUCGCCGACUAUAUAUUUACAACAAUAAACGAUUCAGAUAAUUUAUACUUAGAUUUUUUAUAAAAAUCACUUUAUCCUUAGUUCAAUGAUGAAAAUUAAAUGAGCUUAAAAUUGAAUACUGAAUGUGAAGAGUUAUAUUUAUCAAUUGAAGGGGUAAAAUGUAAAUUGUGUUCUUUUCAGAAAAUACUAGAAAAUGGCAAUUGCAUAUUUUUAACUGAAUCAACAAGAAUAUGUCAAACUCCUUAUUACUUAAGCUCUGCUAAUUAAUGCAAAUUAUGCCCAAAAAUUAACUGCAUAUAUUGUUUUGAAUAUUAAAAUGGAAUAAGUGAUUCUUUCAAAAGUACUUUAUAUAAAAAUUUUGAAAGCUUUAAUGUUGAAGAAUAAAUCAAUGUUGGCUGUGCAAUGUGUGAAGAUGGCUUUAUUUACGAUUUUAUGAUUGGAGAAUGCUUAAGAUAAUAACCAAAAAUUGAAAGUUGCUUAAGAUCAUUUAUCAAUUAAGAUGGUAUUGAAAUUUGUACUUUAUCUUCUUAAACUGAUUUUAGCAUUGCACCUGAAAUUAUAAAUUGUGAAAAAUAUCACUCUAAUUGUUUAUAAUGUGUUUUACUUUCUAAAUCAAAGGUUCAAUGUAUAAUCUGUAAGGAAGGAUUUAUAAGCUCAAUAGUUACAGGAAAUUGUUAUGAAAGUUAAAAUGAUAAUAAUGAAAAUAGUAUUUAUGUAAUUUAAGGAGAACAUUGGUAAGGAGAUGGAUAUAUUUAAUUAAUUUAAAGUUUUAUGAUGCAAUAUUUACCUGAUUAAUAUUAUUAUUCAUACACUACAGAAUUAAUACAAGAGUUUCCAAUAAAAUGUAAAAAUGGAUAUUAAUUAUCUAAAUCUUUUUCAUGUAUAAAAUAUUGUAGUAGCGAUUGCUUAAAUUGUUAAUCUACUUAUAAUAAUUUUAUUUGUUUGAAAUGCCCUUUAAAUUACUACAGAAAACAUAUUAUAGUUGAAAUUCUCGGUUAAUGUAUCACUUGUUCUAAUUUAUGUCAAUAUUGUUAAGAGAGAACUGAAGAAGAAAUUACUGUAAAAUAUCAUAACUAUAUUAGGCUUUAAAUUCAUAUUUUUAACUACAGGAAUCAAAUGCUUAAUUUUUAAUGAAAUGUUUGAAACCAAUUGAUGAUCCAAAUAUCAUUGUCAAUCCCUAUUUAGGAAAUGUUAAAUAUUGUUUUAAUGAGAGUUGUUAUAAUAGAUUUUCCUUCUCAUAAUAUUUUUAAUUUUGUUCGCUCGAUAGAUAUUAAAAAUAUUUAUAUGAAUAGAAAAUCAAUUUUAUAUAUUGCAACUUGAUUGGAGUAGAUGAAAUGACGAUAAAUUAUAUUUUUGAAUUUGAUUCUACUUGCAAAUUUACUAAAUCACUUGAAUUAUUAAAUCGCUUAAAGCAGAAAAUCUUUUAUCUAAGGAAAACCAACAUGAUUCUUUCUUCAGUUUAUCAUUCGAUCUGGAUAUCACAUUAUCAAACAACCAUAUUAAAUUAUGAUUCAGUAGAAAUCAAAAAUAUUUCACUUUAAUUAUAUGAUAGUUUUAUUGUUUAAAAUGCUAACAACAAAGUUGAUAUAACCUUAAAAAAUAUUGUUUUAGUUUAUGGAAACUUUUCUGAUAAAUAGAUUAUUCAAACUUAAGUGUAUGGAAAUAUUCUAUUUUAGGACUUUAAGAUUAUUAAUUAUAUCUUUAUUAAUUCAUCCUUUUUUCGAUUUUAAAAACAAUCUAAUCCAAUUUCAAUAACAAUCCAAAAAUUAACUAUCAAGAAUUGUAUUUUAGAUAAUUCAACUCUAUUUUAAAUAAACAAUAUUUAAGCUACGAUAACCAUUGAAAAUAUUCUUAUAGAAAAUUGUUCAAUUUUCAAUUCUUCAUUUUUUUCUCUUUAAACAGAUUUAAACAAUAUAAAUUAAGUCAAAUUAUUUGAUAUUGAAAUUAACCAAUGUAAUUUUACUCUUUCCUAUUUUCUAAUGAGCAAUAAUAAGUUUAAAAUAAUGGCAAAAAAUCUCUUCAUAAACCACAAUAUUCUUAAUAAUUCAAUAUUAAUUGCUUUUGAUGAUGAUAUAGAAUUAAUUAGAGUUAGAACAAGUUGGAAUACUUUUAUUGGAUCGUCAAUUUUAUCUACAUUAUUGAUUAUAAAUGAAUAAAGACUUUUUUGCAUAAUUGAUGAUUUUGAUGAUAGUGAAAGUGCUUUUUAAGAAUCAAGUAUGAUAACUAUUUAUUCAAGUCUUCAAAUCAAUAAUUUCAUCGUUAGUCUUAAAAAUAUAAAAGUUUAGAAAAAUAAACAAUUUAAUACAUUCUAUCUACAAAACUUACUAUUUAAAUUACAUUGCCAUUCAUUAAUAAUAUAAAAUGCUUAAUUUUUAAAUUUGCAAAAUAUGGUUGUGUUUUAUCUUUUUGAAAUCAAUUAGAUUGUUUUGGAAUCUGUAAUAUUUGAGAACUCUUAGUAAGAACAUAAAGUUCCUAUUUCAUAAUUUUGUACUGAUCAAGUCUAAUUUAGGAGUUAACUAUUACAAGUUAUAGGCUUUCAAUAAUUAUCAUUAUCAAACAUUAAAAUUUUAAAUCAAUUCAGUAUUAAUUAUUCGUUAAUUGAUAUAUAUUUUAGUAAUUAAUUCAUUAUUGAUUAAAUAAGAUAAGUAAUAUUAGUGAACAUAUAGUUUAAAGGAAAUAUAUUAUUAAAGAACAAAUAAGCCAUAUCAUUAUCUUUGCUAACUAUUUUUUCUCAAUAUAAUUUAAAUAUUAAAUUGGUUGAUUUUUAAUUAAUCCAAAAUAUUGUACAUCAAUAAAUUGAUGAGCCAUUUGACACUUAAACUAAUUUAUUACAUAUAAGCUCAUUAGAUAGCUAUGUUUAAAUUCAUAAAUUAUAUUGUAAUCAAAAUGCUCUAACUAAUUCAACGAAUCCAUUCAUCACUCUUACUGCCACUUUUCUUGAAAUUUCUAAUUUAAUAUUUAUGAAUUCAAAUGUUUUAUCAUAACCUUUAUGGUAACAAUUUUAUGAUUUGGAAUUAGAUGAUUAAUCAACAAGAAAUUAACUAAAUUAUUCAAUCAACAUUUUAAGUGUUAAAUUAAGGAAUUUAAGUUUUAGCUUCCAUCUUUAGUUGCACAGAAAGUGUUUUUUAAGAAAUUAUUGCUUUGAAAAGUUCUAUUUUCUCAAUCAAAACUCAAGGAUAAGGAAUAAUCAAAAUUAAUAAAAUUUAGAUCGAUUCUGUUUAUAUUAAUCUAAAAGAUGAUGGAAGCACAGGUUGUAUAAGUAUAGAUUCAACAAACAGCCUUUUAAAUACUGAAUUUAAAUAAAUAAAAUUUACAAACAUCUUUAAUAGAAUGGCUGCAUCAUUAUUUACUAUUUCACCUUCAUUAAAAUAAAAUAUCAUUGAGUUAAAUAAUAUUGAAAUUAAAAAUAGCCUUUCCUUAAUGAAUACAAUUAUGUAAGUUAGAUUUUCAGCAUAAGUAAUGAAAUAAAGCUAAGUAAGUAUUUAUAAUUUAUCAAUUUAUUCAAGCGAAGAAAUGUGGAUUAAAUUCUUUUCCUUUAUUGGUCAAAUAACAUUAUCAGAAUUAGAAAAUAUAUAGAGAGAAGAUAAUUCUAUGUUAUUUUUUGAAUAUUGCAAUAUUUAAAUAAAAAAUCUAGAGGUAGAAGGAAUGGUUUUAUCUCCAAUUUUAAAAUUUUAAAAUGUUUUUAAAUUAAAACUUUUAGAUUGUAAACUAAUAUCUAUAAAUAAAUUAUAUUCAUUUGAUCUCAUACACAUAACUUAAACCUUAAAAAUAGAAUCAAGAAUUUAUAUUGAAAAACUCAAAAUAAUUUAGAGUAAUACAUAUUAACAAAAAUCAGAUGAAAUUCCUAUAUUUUAAAAUUUGAAUUAUUAAAUUGCAGGUUGCAAAUUGAAGAGGAAUAUAGCAAUAACAUAAUAAACUAUUUAUUCAGAUAUAAUUAGAUAGAUUUAAUCUUUUGAUUAUUAUUCAAAUCAGAUAAUGUAUGUGCAAAGUAUUUCUAACUAAAAUUCUCUUAUUUUUUAACAGAUAGAAAUGAUUCAUAAUAAUGGAUCAGACUUUUCAAAUGGAAUAAUUACAUUUGAAGUUGACUAGUUUAAGAUUUUUAAAAUAAAUAAUUUUUUUUGCUAUUAGAAUAGUGUGAAAUAAAAUGGUUGCAUCUAUUUUUUGAUUUCAAGUUUUAUUAAUUCAAUUAUAAGAAUAAGGGAUUCAAAUUUCAUAUAGAAUAUUGGAAGUCAUGGAGGUGCAAUAUUAAUUUAAAAUGUUAGAUUCAGGAUGACAAAUUGUAAAAUAAUAUCAAAUUAUGCAAGCAAAUUUGGUGGAGGAUUGUUUUUAUAAUUAAAAGGUUCUGGUUUUUAAAUUAAAUCAACAAUAAUUAUUAAUAAUGAAGCCUUAUAAGGAGGAGGUAUUUAUUUCAACUAGGAUGAUACUAUCAACCUUAAUAAUUUUAUAAAAUCUUAUUUAUUAUUUAAUAAAGCAACUUAAUUUGGAGAUAAUCUAAUUGAAUCUCCUCAUCAUUUAGCAUUACUUAUCAACAACAUUGAAAUGCAGUCUAAAAAGUAAAUCAUUAAUUAGAUACUUACUGAUCAUUUAGAUCUCAAAGCCUAUAAAAUGAUAGAAUAAGGAAUUAGUUUCUAUACACAUUAUUUAAUGAUUCCAAGUAAUUAAGUUAUUUAAGAAUAUCAAAUUUAUUAGCCCUCUAGAAUUUAAUAUUUUUUAUAUAUUACACAUUUUAGACUCAUUCUUAAAAAUAGUUUGAACGAAUAACUUCCUAAUAAUCUGAAUACUUCAUGCAUUCUGAUUGAUAAAAUUGUUUAAGAAGAAAGCCUAGAUUAAAUAGGUGAAUAGAAAGAAUAAAAGAUUUUACAAUUUGAUUCAUAAAAAGAUUACUAUGAUUUAGGCUCUCUUUAAUUCAUUCUCGAUCCUUAUAACUCAGAAAAAAGGCUUUUAUAAAUUGAAAUUAGCUGUUAAUCACCUCAGUAAUAGAAUAAUUUAAAUUACAUACUAUAAACAAAAAGCUUAAAAUGCUAACUUGGAGAAUUUUAUAUAAAUUCUGGAUGUGAAAUUUGUUAAUCAAGUUAAGGGUUUUAUUCUGUAGUAUAUGAUGCAACAAAGUGUUCAAUAUUUGAUAAAACAAAAUUUAAAAAUAUAACUAAAAAUAAUAUAGAAUUAUUGGGAGGUUUUUGGAGACCAAAUUUUUUAUCUGAUUAAAUAGAAGAAUGCUUUAAAAAUGUUUAAUUUUGUAUAGGUGGUUGGGGAUAAGGAAAUUAUAUCUGUGAUUAAGGACAUAUAGGAGCAUUAUGUGAAGAAUGUGAUAUAUAUAAUAUAAGAGGUGAUGGAAAAUAUUUAAAAAAUUAAGUGGAUUCAUAAUGUAUAUCUUGUUUUGGUGUUUAGGAUAGUAUAAUCCCAUUCAUAGGGACAUCAAUUUGGUAAUUUAAUUUAUUUUAUUCAGGUCAUUUAUAUCUAUCAUUAUAACCUUAAGAAGCAUUGAUUAAUCUAAUCAAUUAUUCAAAAGUUUAAAAUUAUAAUAAAGGUUUAGCAAAAUUAUUUUUAACCUAGAAUAAGGUAUAUAAUUUAUUUAUUUAAAGGGAAUGAAAGUUUUUUAAUUAAAAUGUUAUUAAACUAUUUAUGGAUAUACUCUGUUAUAUUUACAUUCGAUAUAAAGUUUUAAUUUUCAUUUUCUUUUGUUAAUUCAGCUAGUAAUACUUCCUACUAUAUGACUAACAAUCUAGAUUGUUAUUUAUCAGAAAAUCAAUCAAUAAAAUUGAUUUAUUCUAAAAUAAUUACAAUGCUGGUACUCAUGAUAUUCUAAUUCAUGCUUAUUCUAAUUGUAUUUCUUAUCUAUAAUUGGUAUAAAAAAAUUGGAUUAAGCAAAUUUAACUUGGAGAUCAUUUCUAAUUCAUUACUCUACCUUUAUAUUUCGAAUUAUGGUGGAUUGAUUAAAAUGUAAUACUACUACAUUUAUUUUAGGUAUUUUUCAAUUCUCUCAAAAAGGGAUAUUUCAAGUUAGAGUUACAUUCAAGGUGAUGUUUCUCUCCUUUUUGGAUCUAAAGAACAUUUGAUUUGGAUUUUUUCCUUUGUUAUUCCAGGAAUAGGAGUUUUUAGUUUGAUCAUUCCUCUUUUUCUUUUUAUUGUCAUGUACAUUAAAAAAUAUUAACAUGAUACCAUUAAAAUUAGAAAACAUUUUUGCUAUCUAAUUAAUGAAUACAAUAAUAGAAGUUAUUUUUGGGAAGAAAUUAAGCUAAUUAAAAAGACAAUUAUUAUAUUAAUAUUGACAUAUUUUGAGACUUAUAUUUUGCUAAAAGCAUCAUUGUUGGGUUUAUGUUUACUUUUUUAUUAGUUAUUAGCUUUUAAAAAGAAACCAUAUAUUCUUUCCAAUUUUAAUAGCAUGGAUUUAUUUUCAGCUCAAAUUUGCUCAAUUACUAUUUUUCUUGGUGCUGUUAAAUAUGUAUCAGAGCAAGAAAAUAAUUAGUUUUCAUCAAUAUCACUCUCUACUGUAAUUGUUUUUCUUUGUAUUAAACUUUGUUAUUCAUUUAUCAAAGGCAUAUUAGAAGUUUACAAUAUAAAAUAUUCAUUCAUUAUCUUAAAUUAUUUACAUAUAAUAUUGAAUAAGAUUUCACAAAAUUCAAUUUUAACAAAAAAAUUAAAAAAGCAUUUGCAAAAAUCAAAUUAAAGUAAUCAGAGAUUGAAAUUUUUGAUUAAAAAACUUAAAUAGCAUCUAUUGAAAAUUUCUAAAUCCCAAAUUGAAAAUCACAGAAAAAUCCUUAACUCUCAAAGUUAAACUACUAAAUUCUAAAUAUUUGAAUAAAAAUACCUUUUAAAGAUUGAUACUGAAUGA